UUUCUUUAGGGGGAGAACAUGAUGAAUCAGUUUCAGAUUGGACGUUUCAUGAAUUGGACUGACAUGGUGGUAGUUUGGCAGCUGGAAAUGCAUCUACAAGUGACAGUGAUGCUAAAGUUUUGGCAAAUGUAGGGAAUUAUGAGAAUUACAAUGUGCUUAUGAUGAAGAAUUUUCCACCAGAAUUCCAAGGAAAAGAAACUUUUCAGGACAAUGUGAUUGGAAUUGGUGAAAAGAAUGAGAGUUUUGACAAUUUUGGUGAUGCUUUACUGGGAUUUGAGACCUAUAGAUUAGCAAAGAGCAAGCCUCUUAGAAGUAGAAGGUCUCGCGAGUUUUCUGUUAAACCAUUGAACCCUUUAGAAAGUUACCUCACUGCUCAGCUGUAUAGAGCAGGCUCAAAAGGAUGAGUUUGAGUUUAGUUUAGUUCCAUCACCACUUACACCAAUAGUGAGGCCAUUGUUGGUAACUGAUGGGAACCGAAAUAAUUAGCAGAGAUUUUAGUGAUUCAUUUGGUUAUAAGCUUAAGAACAAAGCUGUGAUUUCCUUAGAAGAGGAUAGUAAUACAGUUUUGGAAAAGAUGACUAUUUGAAAAAGUUCUUCAUGCAACCUAACGUAUGUGGGCCUUGUAGAAUAAGUUCAAAUUGUGUAUGAGAUUUAUAUAACCUUCAAGUACUUGCUUUUAUUUUAUUUUAUCAUUAUCUUUUAAUGGGUUUUGCUUGAUGUUUCAUAAUUUCAGCUCUUGUGUUCACUCUGUGAAUUCUAUUGUCAAAAAUGAUCUGUAGCUCGAAUAUUUCGGGCUCGAAUGGCUCGAAAGUACAAAUUUCUCUCCCCUCUCGAUCUCUUCCCUCUCUGCCUCAGCAGUUCACUAUAUCUCUUUACUCUCGCCUCUCUCACCUCUCACACUCUCAACAAAUUGCAAGAAAUCAACACUCUCACCUCUCUCACUCUCGCCUCAUGCCUCUCUCCUCUUUAUCUCUUUACUCUCGCUUCUCUCACUUGUCUCUUGAAGGAGUACGAAGGACGAUGAGGCGGGGGACGAAGGAUGACGAGACGGUGGAUAAACGACGACGGAGGAUGACGAACCACGACGCAGGACGAAUGGGAGCCUGCGAUAGCGAAUCUGAGAGUGCGAACGAACACUACAAUUACUUCAGGUUCGCAGAUGACGACGACGUUACCUCCACAAUCCGUGCAAAUGCUAGACCUCGGACAGAUUCAAGAACAGAAGAAAUUAAUGAUCUAAGGAGAAGGCUUGGUGAGAUGGACAAUGCAAUUCAUGAGCAUGAUAGAAGGUUUCAAAGGAUGGAGAAGAUUUUCAAGGCAAUGACUUAUGUCAUUGUAUUUUGUGUAUUUUUGUACUUUAUCAUAUAAAUGACUAAGGCCUCGUUUGGGAACAGGCUAUUUUAGUAACUUUUUGGCUUUUUACGAAAAGAUGUGCAGAAAAGUAGAGAGGUGAUGUGACUAGUUUUAGUUGGUUUUUUGGUUAAAAUAGUCAGUCCCCAAACGAGGCCUAAGUUGUUAGGUUUUGGAACAUGCUAGGAAUGUAAUCUACUUUUCUACUUGUUUUGUAUUUUUUUAUUGGUGCUUAAAAAUCUGAUGGUUUGAAAAAACAGGUGUAUUGAUUAACAAUGUGUUGAAUGAAUAGGUGCUUAACAGUGUA